ACCCCCAUCCCUCUCUCGCCCGAACAACCAACUCACCAGGGCCCCACAAACCCCCUUCCUAGCUCUUCUACUUCAUUUCUGCCAUUCGUAUCGCCCUUCCGCAAUGCGUUUAUUCUUCCGAGCCCUGUUGGGUGUGCUCCUGCUAUUACCUACCGUGAGUGCUACUUACAGAGACGAGGCUUACCAGAACGACUGGCACAUCGCUCUCAUUGGAGCGUCAAUUCCAUCCUCCACCUUCUUUCAUAGACCGGCUUUAGACGCCAAAGCUUCCCUCAUAUACACUCUCACCUCUAGGUCUAUUCUCGCGGCCAUUAACCCUAGGGAUGGAUCUAUUAUCUGGAGGCAUCUCUUGCAGUGUGGAGCCUCGUCCGGCGUUGCCCGAAAAGCUGAGGGGGUAGUGAUCGCUGCCGUUGAUCGAGAUGUCAAAGCGUUUGACGCUAUGGAUGGUAAACUUAUUUGGGAGACGGCGUUUGUGGAAAAGAUCAAGGAUUUGCAGGCUACCGGUGGAAACGCUGCCAUUGUUCUGUUUGAGAAUGGAAGUGUUGCGAAAGUUUCUGGAGGGAAGACAAUUUGGGAAAGUCCGGCAGCAGAUGGCAAGGACAUUCCACAAUCACUAUCCAUUCAGGGGAACAACGUCUUCAGUUUGUACCAACAACCCUCGAGUGGUCUCCGCAUUGCAACAAUUCCCACCGAAACCGGUAUACUCUCAUCGUCCAGCAUUUCAGCUUACAUCCAACCUAGUGAUAAGAUCUAUGGCUCGGGGCCGGUUGUCGCUUGGACAGAGAACUCUUUGAGCCAGAUCAAGUUUCUCGUUAUUGGUGCUAAAUCCUCCGCAAUCUCUGUUGCUGCUCCUGGGGGCGUCGUGGACAUCAAGUUUCAAGCUUCUGGCAAAACUAUCCUCGUACACUAUGAAACCGAGGACAAGUCAUGGGCGGAGGUUUAUGGCGUGGAUCAGGUGAACGGCGCUGUUAAUAGUUUGUACUCACUGGACGCAAAAGCUGCUCGAAGUGCUUUUUCUGUUACUGAAUCUGGAAGCGAGACCUACAUUACAUGGACUUUACCCAACGGAGAAAGUUUUCUAUACGGGAGCAAAUCAGCUGAUGUUCUAGAUUCAUAUGCCCCCGACUCUGUGAACAGCGGAGACGUUUCUGUCCUUAAUGCUAUCUCGGAAAUUAUCCCUAAGAUGGAAAAGAAGUACGCCGUUCGCACAUUCAUUACCACGUCCUCACCCGGGUUUCAUGGCAACACUUACCUCAUCCGCAAUGGCAAGCCUAUAUGGUCAAGACCAGAAUCUCUUGUUUCUGCUACUGCCGCUGCCUGGGUGGAGCUCCUGGACCCCGCUGCUGAAAAGGUCGCAGAGGAGCUUGAUGUCGAGGGUCACAAGGAUGUCGUCGGAGCUUAUGUUCACCGUCUUACCAGGCACGCCCAUGAACUCAUCACUUAUGGCCCUGGUUGGCUUACAAGCAUUCCUGGACGAGUUAUGGAUGCUUUCCUGAAUAAUGAAAUCAAAGACGAGAGGGGUGGGAAAUGGAGAGAUUUCUUUGGAUUUAGAAAGUAUGCCGUCUUCGCCACAAAGGAAGGUGGGCUUGUUGCCCUUGACGUCGGAAGGAGGGGUGCCAUCGUUUGGGAACUGUCACUCGUGUCCAGCGAAGACGCAGGCCAAUGGGAGGGCGUCCAGCAGAUAUACGAAGUUUCGAAGGGCACUGCGGGAAUUAUCACAUUUGGAGGCGAAUAUUGGGAAGUCGACGCUUUCGAAGGGAAGGUUUUGACUAAGGGGGUCAAUGGUGGUGGCCGUGUUAAGAGCUCAGCUAUCUUGGAGAGGGGAGGAAAGAGCAAGGUCAUAAUGGCUGUGCUAGAAGGAGACAAGAUCGCUCUUCUACCACCAGGAUCUAGUCUUGGAGAACCCACAUAUAUUGUUGUCCGGGGAGAUGCCGGACACCUCAAUGGUCUUCGAGUAGACAACAUCACCUUAGCCACUGUGAAAACGUGGGAUUUUGCGCCCCAACCUACCGAGAAGAUACAUUCCAUCAUCAACCGCCCAGCCUACGACCCCAUAGCCUCCAUUGGAAGAGUUCUCGGCGACCGCUCAGUCAUGUACAAGUACAUCAACAUGAACCUUAUCACAAUCAUUACUACCGACCCCUCACAUUCCUCCGCCUCAAUCUACAUCCUCGAAUCCGUCUCCGGCGUAAUCCUAUACUCAGCAAUUCAUGCGGGAGCUGACACCACCAAACCCAUCACCGCGGCAAUGUCUGAAAACUGGCUGGUAUACAGCUACUUCGGCACAGAGGAAGCCAACGGCAAGCCCGCGGCAAAAGGGUAUCACCUGGUUGUCAGUGAGCUCUUCGAGUCCCGGUCGCCAAAUUCCCGGGGCUCCCUAGCUGCAGCGCAGACGUACUCUGCCCUCGCGGGGGAGAUUGGCAGACCACAUGUCCUUAGUCACUCCUACAUCUUCCCAGCGGAGAUUUCCUCCAUAGGGGUCACGACGACGAAGCAAGGUAUCACCACCCGCGAAGUGUUGGCCAUGAUGCCGUGGUCUUCCUCCAUCAUCGCCCUGCCAAAACGCCUGCUUGACCCCCGCCGCCCCGUCGACCGCGAUCCUAACGAAGCAGAAAGAGAGGAGGGCUUGAUGAAGUACGCCCCUGCACUGGAAAUAGACCCUAGAUCUGUAAUAAACCACAAACGCGAAUUACUCGGCAUCACAGACAUCGUCACAACCCCCGCGCAAUUAGAAAGUACCAGCAUAAUCUUCGCCUACGGCGGGGACUUGUUCGGCACUAGGGUAACGCCGAGCAUGCCGUUUGACGUGUUGGGUAAGGGAUUCAGCAAGAUUCAACUUGUUGGGACGAUUUUGGCAUUGGGGGUUGGUGUUGGGUUCGUUUCUCCCAUGGUAAGGAGGAAACAGAUUAAUCAAAGAUGGCUGGCGCUGAUUCUCAUAUUCAGCAAGAAGACUAAAAGCGAUAUCCUUGCCGUCUUCUCCGGUAAACUGGGUAUAUCUAAGAAGAUAUACCUGAGCUUGGUCUUCUGCUAA